AUGAAACAAGGUCGCGUGGUUGUAUUGCUUAAUGGUCGUUAUGCAGGAAAGAAGGCCAUUGUUGUAAAUACUUUUGAAUCAGGAACAAAGGACCGUCCAUUCCCAUUUGUCUUAGUAGCAGGUGUUGAGAAGGCUCCAUUAAAAGUGCAUAAAAGAUUAUCCAAGGAAAAGCUUAAGAAGAAGUCUACAAUUAAGCCAUUUUUAAAGUCAAUCAAUAUGAAUCAUGUGAUGCCAACCCGUUAUGUGGUUUCUGACUUGGACGUUAAGCCACUUCUUCAGGGUAUUGAUAUGCAAGAAGCAGAUGGCAAGAAACAGGCCUUGAGAGCUCUUCAUCUCGUUUUCAAUGACAAGCUCAUCAACAUUCAAUCUGAGAAGGGUAAAGCACCAAAGGAUUUGAUCUUCUUAAGAAAGCCUUUGAGAUUCUAA